AUCACCUACAUAUCACCUGUCAAAUGCGAUACAAAUCCGUAAUGUGUCACAACAACAGUUUUUAGAUAAGAGCAGUAUGGAAUGUAACAUAUUGGGCGAAUUUGAUAUUAAUUUAUUUGAUAGUUCUGAAAGCUCUUCGGAUGAAGAAAAUGACAAUAUUGGCAUAAUACGUGAAAAACGAUAUGUACGAGAUGCUAUUAAUCCAUUUACAGCUUAUCGUGAACACGCAUUCCAUAUAAGAUACAGAUUUUCAAAAGAAUCUGUUAUGUAUGAACUACUGCCUUUAGUUAUUGAUAGUUUAACAAAGCCUGAUAUGCGAGGUCUUCCAAUUGAACCAGUUAUUCAAUUACUGAUUUGUCUAAGAUUUUAUGCUACUGCUAGUUUUUAGAAAGUAAACGGAGAUCUUAUGGAAUUACCACAACCUACAAUUUGCAGAAUCGUAUUUAGAGUAACUGCUACAUUAGCAACUUAUCUAAAUACUUAUGUCAAAUUUCCGACAAACCAAGCAGCUAUACAAGAAAAUCGAAGAUUGUUUAAAGAAUUAGGAUAUGGUUAUGGAGCUAUUGGGCUUCCUUGUAUUAAUGGAGCUAUAGAUUGCACCCAUAUAAGAUUAUGUGGUAAUAACUUUGGAGGAAUAGCUGAAAUUUAUAGAAAUAGAAAAGGUUAUUUUUCCUUAAAUGUCCAGGCUGUAGUAGGUCCAAGAAUGGAAUUUUUGGACCUUGUCCCAGAAUGGCCAGGAAGUCAACAUGAUAGUAGAAUUUUCCAAAAUUCUCGAGUUUUCAUGCGAUUUCAACAACGUGAACUAACAGGAAUGUUAGUUGGAGAUUCAGGAUAUCCUUCUCUCACAUUUCUUUUAACGCCAUUCAGAAAUCCACAAAGCGAAGAAGAACAAAGGUAUAACGAAAUUCAAUCACGAACGAGAAUGGUUGUGGAGAGAACGUUUGGAACAUGGAAGAGACGAUUUCCUUGUCUAUCGAGAGGACUAUCUUUAAAACUUUUAACAUGUACUGGAGUCGUAUCAGCUUGUGCAGUUUUGCAUAAUUUAUCACUACAUUUCAAAGACAUUCUCCCAGAGGAACCAGAACCUAAUGCAAUAAUUGAAGAUAAUGAGGAGCUACCUUACAAUGAACCUCAUUGGCAACCUAGAGAUGGUCAUAUUAUUAGGCAAAACGUAGUUCGAGAAUUAUUUUAUUAA